CCGAAGAAAAUUAAAAGUUAUAUAUAAAAAUAGAAAUUUACACACGUGAGAAGUAGGCUAAAAUCCAAAUAGAUGACGCCACGGAACCGACCCUCCAAACGGCGGCUCCGGGUGGAAAAGCCAGUCAUCGGGUCAACCCGGAAAAUGACAACCGGGUCAAACCCUCCAAAGAAAUGAGAGAAAUCGACAACCCGUUUGUUUAUAUCUCUUUCUGACACACACACACAACACGUGAUUCUCCUUCUCUUUCCUUUGUUCUCUCAAAGUAGAGUGAUGAAACCCGCAUCGAAAAAUCCGUACUUGCUCUGAAAUUUCCGAAUUUGUUUUAUAUUCUUCGGCGAAAAUUUCUAUCUUUUGGGAAAAUUCUGGGAUAAUUGGUGAUUUCAUCACGGCUAUAUACGGUAGAAAUUCACGGCAUUUGAGCUCUCAUGUCCAACGGAAGGGUUGUUUGAUCGUAACUAAUCCUUCGCCGCACGGAGGACGUGGAGCUCUGCCGUCUGAAGGCGGCAGUCCUUCAGAUCUCCUCUUCCUCGCCGGAGGCGGUUCCACAAUCAACCACUUUACCUCUUCUCCUUUUUCUUUCUUUCUAAUUAGGCUAUUUAGUUCUUCUUAAUCUGUAAAAAAACUGUUAUCUCGGGAAGGUUCUUGUUUUUUUGUUUGCUCUUUCGGAAAAUCUCGAGAAUGUUGUUGAAGAUCAAACGGGUUCCAACAGUCGUGUCGAAUUACCAGAAAGAGGAGGCUGCGGAAGAAGGAGGCGGAUGUGGUCGGAAUUGCCUGAGCAAGUGUUGCAUCAAUGGUGCAAGACUUCCUUUGUAUACCUGCAAAAAUCUCGAUAAAUCCGUCGGAGUGAAGCCAGAAUCUCCAGUGACGUUCCUCGAAUCCUUAGUUCUUGGAGAGUGGGAAGAUCGGUUUCAAAGAGGACUUUUUCGCUAUGAUGUCACCGCCUGUGAAACCAAGGUUAUACAAGGGAAGUACGGUUUCAUAGCGCAGCUAAACGAAGGUCGUCAUCUCAAGAAGAGACCAACCGAGUUCCGUGUUGAUAAAGUUCUUCAACCAUUUGAUGGAAGCAAAUUCAAUUUCACCAAAGUUGGUCAAGAAGAGUUGCUUUUCCAGUUUGAAGCUGACGACGACGACGACGACGAUAGUGAAAUCCAGUUCUUCCCGAACAUGCCUCUAGACGCGGACAAUUCUCCAAGUGUCGUUGCAAUCAAUGUGAGUCCGAUUGAGUAUGGACAUGUGUUGCUGAUUCCUCGUGUUCUUGAUUGCUUGCCUCAAAGGAUUGAUCACAAAAGCCUUUUGCUUGCUAUUCAAAUGGCGAGUGAAGCCGCUAAUCCGUAUUUCCGGCUUGGAUACAACAGUUUAGGCGCAUUUGCUACCAUCAACCACCUUCACUUUCAGGCUUACUACUUAGCAAUGCCAUUCCCAAUCGAGAAAGCUCCUUCACUGAAGAUCAGUACCACCAAUGAAGGCGUCAAAAUCUCAAGACUCUUGAACUAUCCUGUGAGAGGUCUUCUCUUUGAAGGUGGAAGCUUCAUUAAAGAUCUCUCUGAUGCUGUUACAAACGCAUCCGUUUGUCUUCAGAACAACAACAUUCCUUUCAACAUUCUCAUCUCAGAUUCUGGAAAACGAAUCUUCCUUCUCCCUCAGUGUUACGCAGAGAAGCAGGCUUUAGGGGAAGUUAGCUCGAAGCUGUUGGAUACGCAAGUGAAUCCAGCGGUUUGGGAGAUGAGUGGUCACAUGGUGUUGAAGAGGAUAGAAGAUUACGAAGGAGCUUCAGAGGAGAAAGCAUGGAGUCUUCUCGCUGAGGUCUCUUUAUCUGAGGAGAGAUUCAAGGAAGUUAACACUAUGAUCUUUGAAGCAAUCGGUUUUUGUGGUGAAGAAGAAGAAGAAGAGCUUGAUGAGAAGAGUUCCAUGGAUGGUGGCUUCAUAAGAGCGAAUUGUUGUCCUUCAGUGAAAGAAGAGGCUGUAUCUACAUGAGAGGGCUUCUAAAAGCUUUUAUAAAACAUUUGCAAACUUGUGUUUCAAGUUUUCGGUUUUGUUGGUGUGUAAUGUGUUUUGUGAAUGACUUGGCUUCACAAUGCAUUUAAAAACAGUGUUUCAAAUCAAUAAAAUUGAUAUCACACAAUUCAUUCAAGGUAUAUAGUUCAAGUGUGUUUC